AUGGGGAUGCUAACGUUUGGUCGUUUUCUUAGCCGACCCUACCCUCACCUCCGGGACGGUCCUACGCUCUUCUCCUUCCAACAGCAGUUCAUGAUGGAGGAAUCUAGCGCCCAACAACGCCGGAAGUCGGACCCGGCGAUCGCGCCAGAGUCGUUGGUGACUCCCGGGCCUGAUGAAUUGGAUAACCCAUUCUUGGAGGAGUUCGCCGAUGCCGAUGAUUUCUACUCUCCCCCUGCCUCCCCGGGCAAGCUUUCGCGCAACGGCUCCUUCUCCAAUAGCAGCUCGUACCAGGAGGACUGGGAAACUUUCCCGCCACUCGACAAGUUGACCAUCUUCGACCUCCUCGAUAAUUUCCAGCUCACGCAGCGCCUGGAAAAAUGGCAACAUACAAUCAAUAUGCAGAAGGAGAAGGUGCGCAUCCAACGUGAGAAGCUCCGAUCGACCGGGCAGAACGCUAGGCAGCGUGUCGUGGGAGAGUGGAAACGUCGAGUCCCGACCGCGGACGAGCGACUCGAUAGAUACCGGCAGCGCAUGAAGACUGGGGUGGAGCGACUAGGUAAACAAUGGAGCAAGACUGCCACUGUUACUCUCCGAGAGAAGGCCUCCUUCAUUGCCGGUGUACUCAACAUCUUUAUUAGCGGGUACCUGAUCGGUGCUUGCCCUCAAUACUUCUACAUCUGGUUUACUGCUCAGCUCGCUUACUUUAUGCCCAUCCGGUAUUACACCUACCACGCCAAGGGCUAUCACUACUUCCUCGCCGAUCUUUGUUACUUUGUCAACAUGCUCUGCAUGCUGAGUCUCUGGGUGUUCCCCGGGUCGAAGCGCCUAUUCUUAGGCACCUUCUGCUUGACAUUUGGAAACAAUGCGGCAGCCAUCGCCAUGUGGCGGAACUCAUUGGUUUUCCAUAGCAUGGAUAAAGUCGUCAGCUUAUUCAUUCACAUCAUGCCGCCCGUCACGUUACACUGUGUCGUUCACUUGACUCCCGUCGAUAUGCUCAAGGAGCGAUUCCCAGCGGUAUAUGCCAUCAAGUUCAGUCAGCCGGGCGACCCUGAACACUACUCACUGUGGGCCAUGAUUAUAUGGUCUACGGUUCCAUACUUGACUUGGCAGUUGGGCUACCACUUCAUGAUCACCGUGCGCCGUGCGGAUCAGAUUGCGGCGGGACGUCCAACCAGCUUUACCUGGCUUCGCAAGUCAUACUCAAAGGCAUGGAUUGGACGAUUCGUCCUGAGUUUGCCUGAGGCACUACAAGAACCCACUUUUAUGCUGAUUCAAUAUGUCUUUGCACUCUCGACCAUGAUUCCAUCCCCCAUCUGGUUCUGGUACCGGAAUGCUAGUGGCUUCUACAUCUCCGCGUUGUUUGUAUGGAGCAUCCAUAAUGGCGCCACAUACUACAUCGAUGUCUUUGGCAAGCGAUUCCAGAAGGAACUGGACCAGCUGAAGAUGGACGUUGCAAGGUGGCAAAGUUCGCCCGAUGGAGCGAAUAGCCCGUUCCUUUUCCCGGAUACUCCCGCGACGGUCGCCACCGAUGCAUCCCGCACACAUGCUUCUCUCGACAAACGAGGCAGUGUUGACCGAAUUCCUCUGUUGGACCCUAGCAUGGCUGCCUCGACUGCCUUCCGUGACGCUGCCCGGGAUACCGAUUCUACUCUUCACGAGAGAACCUAA